UCUAUGGUGUUUCGGAAGUGAUAGAGAAGCUCUUCCGCUGUGUCUCGUGCUGGGAAGAUGGCGAGUGGUGGAGCAGCAGUGGCUUCCCUGUGGACCGAAGUAAAUCGCUGCGGACAGAAUGGGGAUUUCACACGGGCUCUGAAAUCCGUCAAUAAAAUUUUACAGGAAUGUAAAGAUGACGUGACUGCUCUGCAGUGUAAAGUCGUUUGCCUUAUCCAGAACAGCUGCUUCAAGGAGGCGCUCAAUGUCAUUAGCACCCACACAAAAAUACUCGGCAGUGAUGUCAUUGCCUUUGAGAAGGCGUACUGUGAAUACAGGCUCAACCGUGUGGAAAACGCCCUGAAGACGAUUGAAAGUGCAGCUGAGCAGACAGACAAGCUGAAGGAGCUCUAUGGCCAAGUGUUGUACAGACUGGAGCGUUACACGGAGUGUCAGGCCGUGUACAGGGACCUGAUCAGGAACUCGCAGGAUGACUAUGAGGAGGAGAGGAAGACCAAUCUGUCGGCCGUGAUGGCGGCGAUCAGCACCUGGGAGAAGGCCACUCCAGAUGACCUGGGCUUGCCUGAAACCAGCUAUGAGCUCUGCUACAACUCGGCCUGUACUCUGAUUGGCCAGGGCAAGCUUCCGGAAGCCAUGAAAAAGCUGAGAGAGGCCGAGGAGCUCUGCAGAUUGUCCUUGUCAGAGGAUUCAGAUAUGACUGAGGAGGACAUAGACUCGGAGCUGGCUGUGAUCCACUCUCAGAUGGCUUACAUCAUGCAACUGCAGGGGAGGACUGAUGAAGCUCUGCAGCUCUACAACCACGUUAUCAAACUAAAGCCAACGGAUGUGGGAUUACUGGCUGUGACUGCUAACAACAUCAUUACAAUAAACAAGGACCAAAAUGUGUUUGACUCUAAGAAGAAGGUGAAGCUAACUAAUGCAGAGGGAGUGGAGCACAAGUUGGCCAAGAAGCAGAUACGGGCCAUAGAGUUCAACAAGGCCUUACUGGCUAUGUACACUAAUCAGGCUGACCAGUGCCGUAAGCUGUCGUCCAGUCUUCAGUCUCAGAACCCGGGCCAUCCCCGACCGGUACUGAUCCAGGUGGCCCAGCUCUGCAGGGAGAAGCAGCACGCCAAGGCCAUCGAGCUGCUGCAGCGCUUCUCAGAGCAGCACCCAGAGAGCGCGUCUGAAAUCAAACUGACCAUGGCACAACUCUACUUAACUCAAGGUCAUGUGACAAAAGCGUGUGACAUUUUGAGAUCGGUUGAAGAAUUUAAGCACAAGCCAGGGAUGGUCUCUGCUCUGGUUACAAUGUACUCUCACGAGGAGGACGUUGACAGUGCUAUAGACGUCUUGAGCCAAGCCAUUCAGUAUAACCAGGCAGAACAGCCUGGGUCCUCUGAGCAUCUUUCUCUCAUUCGCGAAGCCGCCAAUUUCAAACUGAAGUACGGCAGGAAGAAGGAGGCCAUUAGUGACCUGGAACAGCUGUGGAAGCAGAACACCAAUGACAUCCACACUCUGGCCCAGCUCAUCUCUGCUUACUCUUUGGUGGAUCAGGACAAAGCAAAAUCACUGAGCAAGCACCUCCCCUCCCCCGAGUCCAUGUCCUUCAACGUGGAUGUGGACGAGCUGGAGAACUCGCACGGGGCCACCUACGUCCGCAAGAAGGCCGCCAAAGUGACGGGCGAGAACCCGCCCAAGGAGGAGGGACAAGGGGAUGUGAAGAAGAAAACGAAGAAGAAAAAAAGCAAGCUGCCGAAGAACUACGACCCCAAAGCGACCCCUGACCCCGAGCGGUGGCUGCCAAUGAGAGAGCGGACUUACUACCGUGGCAGGAAGAAGGGCAAGAAGAAGGAGCAAGUGGGCAAAGGAACCCAGGGGGCCACGUCCGGAGCCGCCUCCGACCUGGACGCCAGCAAGACGGCCAGCAGCCCGCCCACUUCCCCGAGGCCGGGCUCGGCUGCGGCCGCGGCCGCGGCGCCUUCCAGCAACGUGGUGCCGCCCCGGCAACAGAAGCCGGCAGCCUCGGGCGCCACGCGGAAAAAGCCCCAGCAGAAAAAGAAGAAAGGAGGAAAGGGAGGCUGGUAACAGCACGUGGACACGCCCCCCUAGAAACCACAGGGACACGCCCCAUAGCAACCACACAGGGACACGCCCCGUAGCAACCACAGGGACACGCCCCCUGGCAAAUGGGAGGAGGAGCUCUGCCUCCAUCCUCGGUCUCAACUACAGAGUUCACACGGAAGGGAUGGAAGCCAGUCACAAGCUUUCCUGUUUUUAAUGUAUUUUUUUAAACAUCCGAAUAACGGUGUUACUCCAUAUUACUGCACAGAUGUAGAGUAAUCUCUUUAUUGUAGCCAUUUCUGCCAUUUUUCUUCUUUUUGUUUUUUGAGGAUGCAGUUUGCAGGAAAAAAUUCUAUUGGGUCCCCCGCCCCCCCAGUAAUUUAAAUGGUACAUUUAAAAUGCUGCCUAUAGUCAAUAUUUUUCCCUCCUUAUAUGCCUGCAUGUUCCACAUGACACAUUAGGCCUUUUUGUCAUUUUUGUAAUUGACCAAAUGAAGAAAUACUGCAUAUGCAAUGUUAAAAUAUAUUUAUUUUUAAAAUUCCCUACAUAGAAUACAUCUGAAGUAUAAUUUCAGAAAUAUGAUAUCUGGAUGUUGUACUUUGUAAAUUGUAUGGGGAACCAACCAAAAUAAUGAACCGGGCAGAAGGUAGGCAGAGUCUUUGGUGCGUGCACAAUAAAUUUGGUUCCUUGACAACCAUCUUUAA